CCUUGGAGUGUGCCCGAGGUGGUGAGGACCUUGUAUGAAUCAACGAAAAUAUUGGCACAUAAAAUGACCAUAGCCGCGUUGAAUCAUAUUAGACAAAUUGCACAAGAAACCAGUGGUGAAAUUGCUUAUGGUGGUGUAAGAAAACCUGCUGUAUUGAUGACAUUUAGCCAGCGAUUGAGCAAGAAAAUCCUUGUCACCAUUUUCGUGCAUAAUCAUUAUUAAAUACUUUAUGUUGUGCUAUUAAAUUCAGGCUCACUGAAUGAAUUCUAGGGGUUUCUAUGAUGCUGUGAAUGGGUUUACGGAUGAUGGUUGGUCAUUAUUGGGCAGUGAUGGAGUUAGGAUGUGACAAUUAUGAUAAACUGGUCACCAAAUAAGCUUUUUGGAUCUCAUGCCAACUCUUCCAUAUUUUCUCCCAUUUGUGGGGGCAUCUUAAGUGCAAAGGCCUCUAUGCUACUGCAGAAUGUGCCACCAGCUUUGCUUGUUUGGAAAGCCACCGGCUGUAGAGGGAUCCUUUGUCAUGGCUUGGUGAGAUUGCUUGGUUUAUUUAUCAUGCAGAUGGUAGAGCUAUUAAAAAGAUCUUGUGUGCUGCCUUUGCUGCUGCUUUGUAUCAUAUUUGGAGAGAACGAAAUGCUAGGAGAUUUCAGUCUUGUAUUAGCAGGGUUAAUGUCAUUGUGAAGAGGAUUAAGGUUGAUAUUAUAGCUAGAAUGUUACAUAGUAAUCAGAGAUUGCACCAUUACGUGCAUUUAUAGAGGAAAGGGAAAUCCAAAAUAUGAAUAUGCCAACAGCUCCUAUUCUCUUCUUUUUCGGUUGUAGGAAUGAGAAAACCUAUUUUUUUUACAAGGACUUCUGGUUAUCUCAAGCCCAAGAGGGAGGAGUAUUGUCCACGCAGAAAGGUGGAGGUUUCUUUGUUGCAUUCUCAAGAGAUCAGCCACAAAAGGUUUUUGUUCAGCAUAAGAUGAAGGAAAAGCGCAAAAGAAUUUGGAAUCUACUGAGUGAGGGAGCUGCAAUAUACAUAGCAGGAUCCUCAAACAAUAUGCCAGCAGAUGUGACCUCGAUGCUUGAAGAGAUUGUUCGGAAGAAAGCGGGGUUUCGAAGGAAUCAGUUGCUAGAUGGCUAAGAUCGCGGGAAAGGGCUGGUAGAUUUCACAUUGAGGCAUGGUCAUGAGAUUGGCUGGAGCUUUGCAGAUGGGUUUCCUAAUCUUUUUAUCAACAAUGCCCAAGAUAUAAGAGGACAACACGUCGCCUUUUUAGCCUCUUUCAGCACUCUUGCAAUCAUAUUCGAGUAGAUAUCAGUAAUAUUUGAAUUGCCGAAACUCUUCAUAGCAUCCUUCACAUUAGUUUUGGCAUUCUUUCCAAACGGUUCUUUUGAACGAAUGGAGGAAGAAGGAGAUGUUGGAAAAGCUUGCUAAGAAAUAUGGUGCAAUUGCUUGUCAACGUGAUAUUGAGCAAUUAUGGAAUUUUUACAUCAGCUAUAAAAGAUGGCAUCGUGUUGAUGAUAUCCAAAAGGAGCAACAAAUAUUGCUAGAAUCUACAACCUUCAGCACAACAAACUUGGGAGAGUAUGCGAUGAUUUUAGUAUAUGCACAAUAUGGCACCUUAACAGGAAAAUUAACUAAUAUCUUAAAUAGGCAUGAUACUUGGUACUACUCUUGCAAAGGCUGCAACAAAAAAGUUGGAAAAUAUAUUUAUGACAAAUGUCAAAAUUGUCAACAUAUCACUGAAGACGGUAUACCAAGGUAUGUAGUUAAAAUCAUAGUUGAAGAUGAGACAGAUAGUGCAAGAGUGACACUUUUUGACGCAGCAGAAACUCUGAUAGGAUGCAAGGCUCAGAAAUUCAUCGCUGAUAUAAAAGAGGCACAAUAUGGCACCUUAACAGGAAAAUUAACUAAUAUCUUAAAUAGGCAUGAUACUUGGUACUACUCUUGCAAAGGCUGCAACAAAAAAGUUGGAAAAUAUAUUUAUGACAAAUGUCAAAAUUGUCAACAUAUCACUGAAGACGGUAUACCAAGGUAUGUAGUUAAAAUCAUAGUUGAAGAUGAGACAGAUAGUGCAAGAGUGACACUUUUUGACGCAGCAGAAACUCUGAUAGGAUGCAAGGCUCAGAAAUUCAUCGCUGAUAUAAAAGAGAAUAAUCAAAGUUCGUUCUUCCAAAAGUUUGUGCUAAACAUCGGAAAGAUAUACAAGUUCCUUGGGAAGUUGGAUGAAAACUCAAAGGAUGAACGUGCACAAGGAAAGAUAAUAGCACAAGAAAUCAAAAUCCAGGAAGACAUCGCAAUAAACAUUGACGACGAUGAUGUGGUUCUCGAAUUACCAAAAAAGAAGAUAAAGGUGGAGAAUGAAUGAUCAAGGGACCAAAAAAAAUUUAACAUGGACAAUUUUUAAUUUUGAAUACAUUUACAAAUCUGUUAAGGAUUUCUAAUGAACUUUUCAUAUGCUUUUAAGAUGAUAAACUGAUGAAUGUAAUUUGUUAUGACAAUUUAUGAAUUAUAAGCAUAUGCACAUAUAGUUGUUUGAUAACUAUUACAUGCUUUGAUUAAUUAUGCAAUUAUUAACUUAAAUUUAUCAUUCAAUUGUGUGAAUCUAAAUACAAUGUGAGAAAUACAAUUUCGAUUCUUCAUAAUCAUGUGCUUGGACCAUUUAAAUUAUU